GCCUCGUGGUGAACUGGACACCAUGGACAAACUAGCCAGCCACGCCUGUCCGGUAAGGUUCCGCACUAUUACCACCUAGUGAACAACGCCGGCGGUGAUGGUUGUGGUGGUGGUGGUGGUGAUGGUGAUGCGAGAAGUGUUGUUGGAUGCAGAAUGUGAAAGUUUGUGACGUAAAUGACUGUUAUGUGUGGUUGGGAAUCAUCUUAACACUCGCUCAGUGUGCUGCUCUAACCCCUUCAAUUGGUCUGCUCGUCACGAGAAAAAGGGUUGAGAGCACUUUUGUGAAUUCCGCAGUCGCCCAAAACAUUAUGUGUUUUGAUGGCUGAUCACUAGAUUGGUCUAGGGCAGACCUUGAUGUGAGGGAUAUACAUUAAGAUGAUUUCUUUGCGCUCAUCACGAUGUCAAGAAUUUCGAAGUUCCGAAACUAAAUGAUUCUGACUCGUACAGGCGUGUACCUACAGUACCGUGUUUUGUAUGCACGUCCAACAUUGUAGGAAUAGUGUAAAACCCUGACCAAUCCUGAUCAACGGUGAUGGGCCGUCUUUGUUGGAAGAGGAAAGUGUUGAGUUGAUUGCAGGGAGUCGAAUGAGUUAUGUAGUUACCAGCACAACAAGGUUUGCGACUUGCCCUCAACUUGAUGUGUCGAGAUGAAGCCAUCACGACGUGCAUUGCCUUAUAUUGUCUAAGGUAUCCAGAUCGUUGUGGCUUCUUACGGGUCUCCGAGCUCCUCAAGAAGCGGGAAGGGACCCAGUAGAAGAAGCUUGGUGCGUUGAGGCUCAACAUCCUCUGUACGGCACCAUCAGCGGCAGUUUAUGCCUCCACCAGUCCCGCUUCUCCAACGAUUGCCGAACAUGGCACUGGAUUGGUGUGGUGUAUUGAAGUUUGAGUGUGAGUGUCGAGCGCCGAGUGUGUGUGUGCGCGAGUCUGAGUGUACGUGAAAUGUGCUUGACUGGCUUCAAUCAUACUCAAGGAGAUAAUAUCGGCGAUCCUAAAUAGCCAUUUAUUCUAACUUCCUCCCCCUGUAUUCACCAAGCUGCGCGAUUGUUUCGAAAGUGAAGCUCAAUCAUCAGAGAUUGUCUCCAUUCCUUCUUCAAAUGUCCGAAGCAUUGGGAAUUCGGCCGUGCAUGUCAGCGACUAAGGAUUUAUCGGUUAUCCCAAUGAAGCAGUUCCGAUAUCUGAACAAGGAUUUUCCAUCAAGAUUAAGCCCUCGUUAGCGAGCUUUGCUUAGGCCCGUGAUGACAUCUUAACAUUGUGGCCGACGACACCCGUUUUAACCUGAUUAAUAACCACGGAAGAAAUGCCCAAACCGUUGAUGAAAUGGUAUUGAUACCAUUUGUCAGCCAUCAGCGGCAAAGCCUGCAAUGUAGCAUUGCCCGGUACAAUCUUAACGCUUUUCUCAAGAGGAGGCUGGACUGCCAUCAAUAGUCUGAUGUUAGAGCACAAUUCAUCCUUGAACACAAAACAAAGUGUUGAGACUCCAUUAACAACGUUAGACCAGGAGUCGAGCAGAGUGGAGUACAUGAUACUGUUCUCGGACAGCAGAGCCCAGAACGGGGGCAUGUGUCAUAUUUCGAGUCGGUGAAGUUUCGGUAAAAAAUAAAGUGAGAAAGAAAAUAGACGUCAUCACCAGUCAUGAGAGGGAGGGAUAGGAGCCUGGAGUGAUAACUGGCCUGCACGAGUUUGAUAUCGACAUCUGACGAGAAUUGCGCAAUGAUUGCCAAUGAUUUUUGCACUUCAACACCACCAUGAUUUUAUGUAUCAAUAAGAUUGAUAACAGGAAAGAUGUGUGACCCUUUUGCCAACGAUCUGGCAGUUGUGUUUUCCACAUCGCCCAGCCUUGACACAUGCCUGGCAUCCGCACCUAUUCAUUGCCUAAAGCGCGGCGCCACCGAGGCAAGGGUAGGGUAGCUCUCAACCUCAGGGACAUGGGCUUAAGAUUCUUCCAAACCUCAAUGAGCUAGCGUAACAGCACAGUCGUUCUCUCUUGUUGUUUCCCGGGAAUGAUGCCUGCUUGUCUCUCGGUGUUCCCGCUCCCUAUGGUCUUCUCCAAGGUCCCUUCUUUGUUUCGAAUUGGACGGUCAUCGUCCGAUCACGGAAAGGACUCGGGUUUCUAGGCAGCCAGAUUUGGCGGCCGAGUGCCCGACUCCGACAAGUGAGCCAGAAAUGCUAUGCUACGAAGUCCUCGUGACGGACGAUAUGCUGUCGCAUUGCUGCUGUUCAGCUAACAGUUACAAGAUGCGAGGGUUCUUGAUAGGCGAGCGUCAGCGGCUCAAAAGAUGAUGUUUUCUCCAACUAUGGAGUCCGACUCCUCACGGGAAGGACUCCACCAUAACCUUCUGGAGCCAGAAUCGAAGCCUUCGACUUCCCACCCUCGUCCUUCAGCAGAUGCAAUGGCGGGAAGAUGAGGGGUUUCCAAGGGACCCUGCUCCACUGAGAUCUGCUUUGGUGGGAACACCCGCUAUGCUUGCGGGAGCCAUUGAACGGUUGGCGUCGACAACAAGAUGAGGGACCCUGGAACAACGUCUCGAGACGAUGCUGUGUUAGCAUUGGGUGCUGGUCAAUGUGAUUACUGGCGUGCCUGCAUUUCACGGACAGCUGAGUGCGUGACCAAGAAGUUCCUCUGGGCCGAUGUCCGGCUUUGAUCAAACCCAGGCGACUUUCCGAUAGCGUUUCCUUUUUCCACGGACCAUUGUCUCCAACGUCCCAGGAGUACCUUGUACUCUCGGCGAAUUUUGCUUGCCUUCCUUUCCUUUUGUCCCCACCUUACUUUUCCUAUUCUCUUGGCACGCUUCAUCAGGACUGCAAUAGCCGCCAGGCCAUCGAAAGUCGAUUCUGUCAUGCUCAAAAUUUCGAUCGAGCAAUGCACGAGUCAAGUGGUCGCCGUGGUAUGGACAUUGCUCGUUCACUCAUAAACUGAGCGGAUCGAGCACUAAGUUCGCAUUCUGAGCAAUGCCGUGUCAGCCUUGAUUCAAGGCCCUUGAAUCAACAGACUGGGGCUCGUUUUCGCUUGACUCGUGGAUCCUGCAUAUCAUCUUGGAAAAACGGCUUCUUCGAGUCACGAGCCGAAUGUUGACCCAUUUAGGCAUAUGGCUGGCCUCUAACAGUUAGCUGGCCUAGGAAAUUGUUGUCAAGUGUGUUUCGUAGUAUGAGGCGGUAUGUCGGAAAGUAGUAUUAUUAACUGAACAGAGUUGUUCAGGCUUGUUGCCAAGACCCGACACGGCCAGCGUUAUCAAGUUGCACGCGACAGGCAUGCCUGUGAUGGUCGUAUUCUUUGUCACUUGGUUUUAUCAUGUUCAUAACAUGACCACGGCAAACCAACCAUUGGUUAUCGACCGAUAUGUCAUUAAAAUGAAAGAAGCAAUUCGUCGUCCGGGUAAUUGUGAGACAAAAGGAAAAUCAGGCACUGAGAUCUGGACGUAUGUAUUCAUUAAGCAGCAGUCUGUCUUGUCUCAGCUUUCUAAGGGCGAUUUCAUCUUGACACUGGUUAGAGCAAUAUUAGGUAGUCGAGAAAAGCUAUUCGUGAACACUAGCUCUGCAGCGUUCGGACUAGCCUCUAUACUUGUUCACAAGAUCAGGCAAAAAACGCAGGGAAAAUCGUUUAAGUGAGAAACGCUGCAUGAUCUGGUCGAGGAAUCCCGGUGCGAACUCGGUGUCCGAGUCGUGUAUGAGGUAAUGCGGUGAGAGGACUGAAUUUGGUGUGAAGCAUCGUGACCUUGGGUGUGCAGCGAGGCCGGCUACGACACCGGGAAUCGAAAGACCAGUGCCAGGUAUCGUGUACAAGGGACACACAAGCGCGUUAUGCUUGCCAGGUAGCAAAACAAUGCGUACCUGUUACGAAAUCACCCAACCUCCAGCAUUCCCUGCAGACGCCCCCACCCCUGCGAGUAACUUACCUUUUCAACCUAUCAAGUGUACAGUAUCGACCGUGCGAAUCUUUGAACACAAGCCGUUUGUGAAGUUGUUCGACGCGUUGUGCAUCAUCCUGGAUGUGAUUUUUGAUAGCAAUGUUUCCCUGUCUGUGUUCAGGAUCGCAAGAUGAGAAGGAUCGUUGCAAGUGCCGUCAGAGCCCUGGCCAUACAAAACGACGCAAAGACAAAAAACUUGGUGUAAGAAAGAUGUCAGUUUAAUGUCGCUGAUGAUGAUAAUAUGGCAACUCAGUGAUUGCUACCAGACCUUUUAUCAUAUGAGACGAACUUUUCAAUACAGACUCUUAGUACGUAGCUGAUUGA